AUGGUGAAGCUCCUGACCCUUUACACCCGGGCCCUGGGCCUCGGCCUGACCCUUCUCGCCACCGCAGCAUCCGCCGCCUCGGCAGGCGAACCAAUCUCGGCGCGGGAGUGCACAACAACUAUCGUCGCGCCGUCCGACGUGAUCCUGUUCGACAUGUGGCAGCCACCAACCACACCGGGGACGUCCUUCUUCCCGUUCUUCGAGGCGGCGCUCAACGCCGACGGCACAGGCUACCGCUCGCUAGUCCGCUUCACGAACCCAGCACCGCCCAGCACGGGCACGUGCGCCUGGGUGCUGAGCCUGCCGGCGGCCGAGUUCGGGCACCUGAUCCUGCAGGGCCUGCCGGCGGACACGGCGCCCGUGCUGCUCGCCUUCUACGGCGUCGACGCCGCCGCGCCCUACGCGCCCGGCGACGGCCUCGCCGGCUUCGCCCUCAGGCCCGGCCCGUACGGCGUCAACGCCAUUCAUCCCGGCACCCAGGUCGUCCACGCCGAGCCCUGCGCGCAGAUCGGCACCGACGUGUUCGUGCGCAUCCCAGAGUGGAUCACAGAGGCCCAGUGGGUGUUUUGGCGCCAGGAUAUCCAGCCCGGGAACGCGACUGCGUCGCUGGGGAUCUACUUGCAGGUGCAGCAGUGUUAG